AUGAACGCGAUCAAGUUUACCAAGCCUGACACCUCUAAAUUGAGCGAAAAAGAAGUAAAUAUUACGAAAAUAUUAUGGAGAAUGCCUAUAGUACGAGUAGGCGAUAAAGAAAAAAUUAGGUUGAUGAAAGUAAUGAACAGUCAUAAACCUAUCACGUGCGCGUUUAGAUCGUGGGAGUUUUGUGAGAAUUCGUAUUUGCCUCAGAACAAAACACAUUCAUGGAAAGUGAAGACGACAAAUAAGUUAGAAAAACCGUUAGUUAGUCAACACUUUCGGCGAAAACAGACGAGAAAAAUAUGUGGUGUGGAGUAG